AGUGCUGUCGUCCCCUAGUCCAGGGCUCCCAGGGGCAGGGGACGCCGGGGCCUCUGAUCUCAACAAACCCCUGCUCCACCCGUCUUCGUUGUUCCACCCUUGGUGAUACGGAGCCCCGGCCCGGGCCCCGCCCACAGCGCUCAUUUAACUGGUAUUGCGGAGCCGCGAGGCGCCGCCGCCGCUCACUGCAACUGGCUCGCGCCGCUGGGUGUUGCUGCGAAGUGGUGGAGUCUCCUGUCCUGACCCCGCGCGCCAUGACUGUCGCGCAGCCGAGCGCGCCCGCGGCGCUGCGCCUCCUCGGCGGGCUGCCGGGGCUGCUGCUGCUGCUGUGCCUGCCGGGCGUGCGGGGUGACUGUGGCCUUCCCCCAGAGGUACCUAAUGCCCAGCCAGUUUUGGGAGGCCUUACGAGCUUUCCCCAGGGCGCCACAGUGACGUACGAAUGUAAUGAAACCUAUGCAAAAAUUCCUGGCUCGAAGGACUCUGUGAUCUGCGGUCAGGACGAUCAAUGGACAGAUAUUGAAGAGUUCUGCAAUCGUAGCUGCAGUGCACCACCCAGACUAAGUUUUGCAGCCCUCAGACCGCCUUAUGUCAGUCAGAAUUAUUUUCCAGUUGGUACUGUUAUAGAAUAUGACUGCCGUCCAGGUUACAGAAGAGUCCCUUUUCUACCAAGAAACGUAACUUGCCUUCAGAAUUUAACAUGGUCCACAGCACCUGAAUUUUGUAAAAAGCAAUCGUGCCGUAAUCCUGGAGAACUACUAAAUGGUCACAUUGACAUACCAGAUGGCAUAUUAUUUGGUGCUUCCAUCACCUUCUCAUGUAACCCAGGGUACAAAUUAUAUGGCGAGACUACUAGUCUUUGUCUUGUCUCAGGCAACUCUGUUCAGUGGAGUGACCCAUUGCCAGAGUGCAGAGAAAUUUAUUGUCCAACACCACCAAGAAUUGACAAUGGAAUAAUUGAAGGGGAACGUGACCAUUAUGUACACACACAGUCUGUAACAUAUUUAUGUAAUAGAGGAUUCACUAUGAUUGGACACAACUCUAUUUAUUGUACUGUGAAUGGUGAAGAAGGAGAAUGGAGUGGCCCACCACCUGUAUGCAAAGGAAAAUCUGUAACUUCCAUGGCCCCACCAACAGUUCAGAAAUCUACCACAGUAAAUGUUCCAACUACAAAAGCUUCAUCAACUUCUCAGAAAACUUCAGCUUCUCAGAAAACUUCAACUUUUCAGAAAACUACCACAGCAAAUACUCAAGGUACUAUCAUGCUUCUAUCUGGCCACAUCUGUUUCACAUUGACAGUUUUGCUUGUGACGCCAGUAACCACGGGCUGGCUGACUUAGCCAAAGAAGAGUAAAGAAGAAAAUGCACACAAGUAAACAGACUGUUUCUAGUUUCUUAGACCUAUUUGCAGAUUGGACACAAUAAAUGCAGUCGUGCUCUUCAUUUAGGAUGCUUUCAUUGUCUUUCAGGUGUGUUAAGAAUGUCAACAAAGCAAAGAGAAAAGAGACAGUCUUGGAUUUACAUUCUUAGCACACCUAAGCCUCUUGAAAAUAGAACAACUUGCAGAAUUGAGAGUGAUUCUGUUCCUAAAAGUGUAGAAAAGCAUAGAGACUUGUUCAUAUUUAGAACUGGAGCACGAGGAAAAGAAAAGUAAUUUUUUUCCCCACAAGAUCUGUCAUGUUAUUUAUACUUAUAAAAGAAAUAAAAAAUGAAAAACAUUAUUUGGAUAUCAAAAGCAAAUAAAAACCCAAUCCAGUCUCUUCUAAGCAAAACUGCUAAAGAGAGAUGAACUACAUAAUAAAGUAAUCCUUGGCUAUAAGGCAUUUUCAUCUUUUCUUAUGGGCUAGAAAAAUAUUUUAAAGGUAAAACAUGCUAGUGAUCCAGGAGUGUUGAUGACAAGGGAGGGAUAUCGAAUGAAAGACUGAGUCUUCCUUUAUUGCACAAAUACAGUUUGGAAGAAACCUGUGAAACGUGUCUUCUUUGACUUAAUACCUUUAAAAGUAUCCAGAGAUAUUACAAUAUUAACAUAAGAAAAGAUUUUUUCUUAUUUCUGACGUGAGAUGUGAAAUUUGUAAAUCUUAUUCUUUUGUAAUAUUUAUUUAUAUUUAUGACAGGGAACAUAAUGAUUUUACAUGUAAAAUAAGAGUUGAAAGAUCCGUAAAGAAAAAUUUAUUUUCCCAAAAUAGAAAUAAAUAAUCCCAUUUUUUGG